UUCUACGUCUGACACAAUGUACCAACAGUUCGAGGAAGGAAAAAUUUAUCACAUUAGAUAUUUUAAUCUUCUUCCCAAUAACCGACGGUACAAGCUUACCGUUCAACCAUACAUAAUCAAUAUCAAUGAGUCAACAAUUAUAACACUGAUUCAAAAAAACAUUCCACCGAUUCCUUCAUACAUUUUCCGGCCCCAACGCUAUCCCCAGUUGAUCAACUUAUCAAGUGCAACCAACUUCCUCCCAGGUCAAAAAAAAAACCCAUACCUAUCACACAAAUAAAUUCUCUAUUUUUGUCGCUAAAAACAAAUUAUUCCCACAGAUGUUGUUGGCCGCAUAUGCCUCAUCCAAGGAAAUGAUUUAUAUAACCACAACACAAAUACAAAAAUCAUCAUUGGAUUCCGUUAAGCAAUAAAUAUAUAUAAUACAAUAAUUUUUUGUAGAUCCAAAUUGGUCCGUCUAACUAUAUGGGACAAUGAGGCGGCUAAUUUCAGGGAGUUAAAUCGCAUAUCUACCAGGAAAAACCAAAUCGUAAUCAUCACAAGUAUCAUUCCAAGGUUACAUGAAGGUAAUCAACUAAACAUAAAGUUUAUGUCUAACUAAAUGCUUACAAAUAUUUCACUUUUCAGGGAAACUAUCACUCACAACCACACCAGGAUCGCGCUUUUACUUUGACAACGACAUAGAUAUCAUACAACACUUUCAAAAGAGGAAUAAACUGUUAUCAUAAGCCUGAUGGCAUACCUCCACAUGGGAUCAAACCACAAGACGGAAACCGACACCAGUCAACUGUUUUAAAAUUUACACUUUAAUGCAAACAACCAUAUAUUUUUCAAACUUACUAUUGUUUAGAAAACAGAAACUGAUCACCACAUCGCAUUCAAACAAAAACUCUAUGGUUAAUUCUACAACGAACAAAACUUAACUUCCAAUAUCUGAUACUUAAAACUACAAAAAUAUAAAAAGUUACUUUAAUAAAACAUAUUAUCCGCGCGAAGCACGGAUCCCGGCUCUAGUAUCAAAUAAAAAAUGAAACAAAAAAUAAUAUAUGAACGUAUUAGUAUUCCUUUAUUCGUAUUACAAAUACAAUAAUAGUCAAACAAUAAUAUUUAACGGGACCAUAAUUUUUAAAAUCUAAAAAUUACCAAUUAUUAUGAAUUUAUAAUGUUCUUACAAAUUAAAGCAAAUAUCCGUGUAGACGCACGAGUCAAGAUUUAGCAUACUCUUAUAACACUUGUAAAUAACUUUUACAGAGUAUAAUGAAAAGAGGCUAUUAAACAAGAGAUAACAUUUGAGCAUACUUUUGCUACUCAAUAUGCUCUAAUAAAGCACACACCAGUAAUAGCAUGACCAAGUGAAGCAAUCGAACAUGGUCCAAGUCUAAACAUAAAAAUAAAAACUAAAACAUUUUGAAAAUAAAUAUAUAAAUUAUGGUCUAAAACUUUAUUUUUAAGAUAUAUUUCUAAAUUUAGAACUUAUAACUUCAAACAAGACGUUAAAUAUAUAUAAAAUAAAGCUACAAACUUUAAAAACUAUUUUAUUACCGUUAAAUACUGUUAUAUUUUUUGAAUAGAGCCCAUAAAUAUUUUGAAGAAAGCUUAUAAAUAAUUUGAGACGGCACAACGCGCACACACGCAGAGACAAACUGCGACAUAUUUGGAUGAUAAAGAAUGAAACAUGUCUCAUGUGUUUCUUUACCUAAAACAUAAUACUUAGAUAUGUGGUAUAUUAUCCGUAUAGGGAAAUAAAUCGUCCAGAUCUUUUUUUAUCAAACAUAAAGGAGUUUGAGUUUUUUGCACAAAAUAAAAUAAAAUAAAGGAGUUUGAGUUUGUCUAACAUGCCAACAUAUGAGAAUAAGUCAGGGGGAUAUCAAAAAUAGAUAUACAAACUGACCAUAGAAAUUAAAAAAUAAAGACACUAGCUCAAUGAACCAAAUGAUGCUUCCAUGAUGUACACAAUUCUUCUCGAACUUGUCAUUAAAAAUAGAAAGUUGCGCUCGUUGACGUUCUCUGAACAUUCCUGCACGUCUCAUCAAAUUAGAAUCGUGUAGACAUGCCUCCACGAUUUUGUUGGACGUAGAGAAAAGCUUUUCUAUAUAACCCAGGACCUCAUUUCUUACAACACAAACCAAAACAAGUAAAACUAACCAACGUAGUUAGGCGUUUGGAGAAAAACACAAUCACAAUGAGAUCUUCUUCUAGGAUGGGGACUUCAGCCCAUCUCAUUUACGCUCUAGGCGUUAUCAUCAUGGCAAAUAUGGUUGCUGCGUAUGAAACAAGUACAUAUAGCUUGCCACCACUCCCGUCAUAUUCACCAUCUCCAAAGGUAGAAUACAACACUCCUCCACUACCAAAUGUUUACAAUUCUCCAUCACCACCACCAACAUACUAUUCCCCAUCACCAAAAGUUGACUACAAGUCUCCUCCACCACCGUAUGUAUACACUUCUCCUCCACCACCACCACAUUACUCACCGUCGCCAAAGGUUGAGUACAAGUCUCCUCCUCCACCAUAUGUUUACAUUUCUCCACCACCACCAUAUUAUUCACCAUCUCCUAAGGUAGAGUAUAAGUCUCCACCACCACCGUAUGUUUACAGUUCUCCACCACCACCUCCUUACUACUCUCCAUCACCAAAAGUAGACUAUAAGUCUCCACCACCACCAUAUGUUUACAGUUCCCCACCACCACCACCGUACUACUCACCAUCUCCGAAAGUUGAGUACAAGUCUUCUCCACCACCGUAUGUCUACAGUUCCCCACCGCCACCACCAUACUACUCACCAUCUCCUAAAGUUGAGUACAAGUCUCCUCCACCACCCUAUGUCUACAGUUCCCCACCACCUCCACCAUACUACUCACCAUCUCCUAAAGUUGAGUACAAGUCUCCUCCACUACCAUAUGUUUACAGUUCUCCACCACCACCUCCAUACUACUCACCAUCUCCUAAGGUUGAAUACAAGUCUCCUCCUCCACCAUAUGUCUACAGUUCCCCACCACCACCACCAUACUACUCUCCAUCUCCUAAGGUAGAGUAUAAGUCUCCUCCACCACCAUAUGUUUACAGUUCUCCACCACCACCACCAUACUACUCACCAUCCCCGAAAGUUGAGUACAAGUCUCCUCCCCCACCAUAUGUUUACAGUUCCCCACCACCACCACCAUAUUACUCACCAUCCCCAAAAGUUGAGUACAAGUCUCCUCCACCACCAUAUGUCUACAGUUCCCCACCACCACCCCCAUACUACUCACCAUCCCCUAUAGUUGAUUACAAGUCUCCUCCACCACCAUACGUUUACAAUUCUCCACCACCACCAUAUUACUCACCAUCUCCUAAGGUUGAAUACAAGUCUCCUCCUCCACCAUAUGUUUACAGUUCUCCACCACCACCACCACCAUACUACUCUCCAUCUCCUAAGGUAGAGUACAAGUCUCCUCCACCACCAUAUGUAUACAGUUCUCCACCGCCACCAUAUUACUCACCAUCUCCCAAAGUCGUAUACAAAUCUCCUCCAUCGCCAUAUGUAUAUAGUUCUCCUCCACCACCAUACUAUUCACCUUCACCUAAAAUACACUACAAAUCUCCUCCUCCACCAUAUGUUUACAGCUCUCCACCACCACCAUACUACUCACCUUCCCCUAAAGUAUACUACAAAUCUCCACCCCCACCAUAUGUCUAUAGCUCUCCACCACAACCAUACUACUCACCAUCCCCUAAAGUUCACUACAAGUCGCCACCACACCCACAUGUAUGUGUUUGUCCACCGCCUCCUCCAUGCUAUGCUCCUUCACCAAAAAUAAUAUACAAAUCUCCUCCACCACCAUAUGUCUACAGUUCUCCACCACCACCAUACUACUCUCCAUCUCCUAAAGUAUACUACAAAUCUCCUCCACCACCAUAUGUUUACAGUUCUCCUCCACCACCAUACUACUCACCUUCCCCUAAGGUAUAUUACAAAUCUCCUCCACCACCUUAUGUCUACAAUUCUCCACCACCACCACCAUAUUACUCACCAUCCCCUAAGGUAGACUACAAGUCUCCACCACCACCUUCAUAUUACUGAAAAGCAGUAAAUGCAAGUUUUAAAUAAGCUACCGAGUUUUAUUUGAUUUCAUAUUUUUUUCUUGAUAUAACAUGUAUGCAAGUUGUUUCAGUUUCUUUGGAAUGUUGAUUAAUAAUUUGGGUUCAUACCUUCUUCAUAUGUUGUGUUUUCUUUAAUUUAAUAUGUGCAAAGAGUGCUUGUGGUUUGUUUGUAGUCCUUUGCACAUGGCGAAUAUGUAUUUCCAUUU